CAGUAAAUACGUUUCGAAAACCCCAUCUCUGGAGAUCGAGCUGAAGAAAUCUUUGGUUGUUGCGCACAUAAGACGAAGACUUUCAAGAAAAGGGUUUUUUAGCGUUGCAAUCUGCAAAAAUGAGUGAAGAGGAGGCUUCCCCGCGUGUCGCGAUUGGUAUAUCCUUCGGCAAUUCCUACUCCUCCAUUGCGAGGGUCGAUCCUGAAGGUAAAGCUGAGGUUAUUGCAAACGAAGAAGGCGAUCGUCAGAUCCCCAGCAUUCUGUCUUAUGUCGACGGCGAGGAAUUUCAAGGCACUCAGGCAAAGGCCCAGCUCAUUCGGAACUCGAAGAACACGGUUGCUUACUUUAGAGACUUCUUAGGACAAGAUUUUAAAUCAAUAGACCCAACGCCGUGUCACCAGUCUGCUCAUCCAAUCGAAUACAAUGGAACAGUAGCUUUCUCGAUACAGGACAAAGAAGAGGGUGGCCCUUCUCAAGUGAGUGUCUCCGAAAUUACAACACGACACUUGCGACGGUUGAAGAUUUCGGCCUCGGACUUUCUGGGCAAGGACGUCAAUGCUGCUGUUAUUACUGUACCGACCAACUUCAGCGACGCCCAGAAGACCGCAUUGAAAAAGGCUGCAGCGGAAGCCGGAAUUGAGGUGCUUCAGUUUAUUGGAGAGCCUGUUGCGGCUGUGCUUGCCUAUGAUGCACGACCUGGUGCAAGCCAGGCGGACAAAGUGAUCUUGGUAGCGGAUUUGGGCGGUAUACGGUCAGACGUCGCUGUGAUUGCCUCAAGAGGCGGUAUCUACACCGUGCUGGCCACCUCUCACGACUUCGAUGUUAGUGGUUCAAAACUUGACGAAAAGCUCAUGGACUAUUUUGCCAAGGAAUUCUUGAAGAAGUUCAAGAACGCUGACGACCCUCGAAACAAUGAUCGAUCUCUGGCUAAGCUUAGACUCGAGUCCGAGGCUGUCAAGAAGGCAUUGAGCCUGGGUAAUUCGGCUUCCUUCAGCGUAGAAUCACUAGCAAGUGGCAAUGAUUUCACUUGCACAAUCAAUAGGACGAGAUACGAGAUGCUCGGACGACCAGUGUUCGAGGCUAUUGACAGGCUAAUACGACACACGAUUGAGAAAGCUGAGCUAGAUCCUCUAGACAUCACUGAUGUUAUCCUAUCCGGCGGUUUGUCACAUACUCCAAGGAUCGCCGCGAACAUGAAUACUCUCUUCAACGAAAAGGCCACGAUAUGGGCGCCUUCCACUAAGUCGGACGCAAUCAAUCCCUCAGAGCUUGCGGCCCGUGGUGCUGCUGUGCAGGCAAGCCUCAUUGGCGACUUCGAUACCGAGAACAUCGAAGAGAGCUGUGAGCCCGUGGUAACGGUGACCCCGCACCUAAAGAACGCGUUGGGAGUCAUGUGCAUCUCAGAAAGUGAAUCGCACGGCAAGUUCCAGCCCAUUAUUGAAGCAGAUACACCUACGCCAGUUCGGAGAAGUGUGGUUGUUGCAACCCCAAGAGAAGGUGGUGAUGUGCUUGUUAAGCUUGUCGAGGGUCUAAGACAUAUUAAAAUUGAGAAAGUGGAGAAGCCUCAGACGAAUGGUGAGAAGGAUGAAGACGACGACGACAGUGAUGACGACAGCGACGACGAUGAAGAUGAAGAGCCCGAAGAGAAGAGAGAGAAAGUCUGGCACGUUGGCAAGACUAUUGCUGAGCUUGCUGUCAAGGGUGUCCAGAAGGGAGCUAAGGUUGAGGUCCAGAUUGAUGUGAGGCCCGACUUCGCCGUCACCGUCACAGCCCGUGAGGUUGGCGGCAAGGGAGGUGUCAGAGGGCAGGUCAACGCUCCUGCUGUGGCGGAGAAUGGCAGUGCGUGAGUUGAAAUGCUCGUUUCCGGGAGCGCCGUGGAAUGCCAUCUUUCCGUUGAUGAAAGACUGAACGCGACACGAAGACAUAGAGCCGCUCACUGCAUUGUGGCUUUUGGUUUAUGGCAAAACGAAUGCAUGAAUGGGUACGAUGCCUCUUUCCCUGCUGUGAGAAGUUGGCGCCGAAAAUAGACUGUUUUGUCACUAAGUGUAAAAGAUUUAAGUUCUUCAA